AUAUGAUUUGAUUUUAAUUUUAUAAACAAAUGUUAGUUCAAAGCUCUCUCCAUCUGAGCCUUGAAGGCGGAAAAGAUAUAGAGAGUUUAGAGAGAAAUUGCGAAGAUUCAAUCCCUUUAGAUCCAAAUUCAUCUGUUUCAGUGAAUCUAAAGCUGAUGAAGAUUCCUCAUCCGACCCCAUUUUUGUUCUUGCUGCUUCAACUUCAAGCUUUUUUGCUUCUCAACUCUCUAUCAAUUGAUUCCUCCUUCAAUCAUUCCAUCUCUAACGACGACGACAAUGCCCAUCUUUUGCAGGAUGUUUUGAAGGAAUUAGCGGCAAAGCAGAAGUGGGAUUUGGAGGGAAUUAAAAUAUUGGAAUUGGAUGUUGAGAGUUUGAGGUUUGGAUUUGCGGAGAGCUAUGAAGUUCGUCUGGGAUUAGGGAAAACUCGGCUGUUGGCUAAAUUUUCCGACGAGGUUUCUUCGUGGAAAAAGCCGAGUUCUGCUAAUCAGACUCGCUUUGGCUCUUUAAUUAAUGGCAUCGGUUCAAUGGCUGCAAUUAGGUCGUUCAAAAUUGUGGGUCCUUUUGAUUUGAUGGUUGAAGGGGAAGCUCGUCUUUCUAUCUCGUUACCUAAGAAUGCUACUCAUGUUGGUGUUAAACGAAUUCUGGUGGGAGAAGGUAUAACAGUAGAAGUUAGUGAAGCUGAGGAAGUCUCUGUGUUCUAUUCGUCUGAUCUUCCCAAACUGCUGAAUGGAACCAGAAGGAGCAAUGAAAAAAUCAGGAUUUACCCUUUUUGGCUUCCAUUUUGCUCACCUUUGCUUCCUCUACGCGUACUCGGCUCUGCAACACUGUCUGCAUAUAGGACACGAAAUCCUGACGAUUAUAUAAGAACUAGAUUCCUUUCCAAGGAUUCAAUUGAGUUAUUGCCAAACAAAUGCUAUGGUAGAAAUACUCACAUAGAGAAUUCUCCCCUCCUUGGUUCUUUAAAGCCGCAGUUUCAUAUGCUCAAUAGUAUUUUUCAACGUUACUUAAGUAAUUGGAUCCUUCAAAAUGGCUUGCUGGCUUUUGUCGAAGUUAAAAUGAGAGCAUCUGUUUUUGUUCGGUUUCAGCUAGAACUAGAAAACACUUUUGGAACAAAUAGUAGUCUUUAUGCUAGAUUGGCAGAGUGGAGAACUAAGCCUACAGUUGAGCGUGCGUCAUUUGAAGUAUUGGCUAGGCUAGAUCCAGUGAGGUUGAAGCCUCUUGUGGUUAAGAAGUUAAAGCCUUUGAUUGUGGCCGAUUCAACUGAAUGGAGGAAUCUACUGCCAAAUAUAUCUUUCACCAAGUUUCCAUCUCUUCUCGUCUCUCCCGAAGCUCUAACACUGGAUGUGAAAUGGUAAUCAGAAAGUAGUCAGAAAAUAUUCUUCAAGAUUUUAUUUUUUUUUCACAGACGAAGGUAAUAUCCCUCUCUUGCCAAGCUUGUUUAUAUGUUUGGUGGAUGUACAUUGUAAAUGAACAGUAAGAAUUUUCUUAUGCUACUUGUGGUCACUUGUUAAUAAAGCAAAAGAAGCAGCAUCAUAUACUCUUUAGUUUUGAUGUAGAGAGAACAGUCAUAUAGAGAUGCAAACUAGUAUCUGUGUAUAUGCAAAUUUGGAUAUAUGGUUUAGAU